UUGAAUUUGUCUGGCAACGUGAAAUGUUAAAAAGAUAGAAAACGCAAGCUAAAAAUUAAAAAAAAAAAAAACGGUGGUGCGCAUGCGUACAGUUUGUUUGAAAACUAAAAUUCUAAAUAGAAAAAUCAUAGACAAUAUUCAACAAGACGAACAAGAAAAUUACGAAAAGAAAAAAGUAGCUGACUUGAUGAUAUUAAAUUUUGUGUAAUGAAAAGUGUUAAUUUCAAAUUUAAGCAAUUCAACGACAUUUUUGUUUGUUAGCUAUUUUAUAUGAAAAAAUCGAUUUCGAAAGCGAAAUUAUUAUUAAAAGUAAUUAAAGUUAAUUUAACUUAAAUAAAUGCAUCAUACAAACACACAUACAUACAUUCAUUCAUACUUAGUUAGUUUGUUGUUAAUAAAAGUUUAAUUGUGAAUUUAUUUGAAAGUGUACUACAAACUACAAGUGCACAAAAGAGUGAUUAAAAUUAGCAACAACAAUAACAACAUUUAUUUAUUUAUUUAUAAUUUUUUCAUAAGCUAUAAAUUGUUGUAGUUUGUUGCUCAUAGUGAUUUAUAAUAUUUAAGUUAUAAAGUUAAUAAGUUGUAGUUAAAAAUAAUAACAAAAACAAAAUUUAAUAACUAAGUAUAAAACAGAGAGUGCAAAAACCAAAAACAACAUUAGAAAAAUAAAAAUUCAACAAUAAAUAUUUAACAUUCAUAUUUAUUUUUAAAUAAAAAAAAACAACAACAACUAAAACUGUUGUAAUUAAAAUUCCUGCCACUCUAUCUACCAGAUUGUUACUUUGCUGUCUUCCAUAAAUCUCAAAACAAAAACAACAACUAUUUCUUUAUAUUGAUCAAAUUCUAAAAACUAAACUCUGAAGGAUUUAUUUAUUCAUAAGCAGCAUAAAUAAACUCAAAACGUCAUUAUUCAACAUUAUUUGAAUAUUUAUAUUUUUGUGGCAGCAUAUUUAUUUUAUGAUCUCAUUAAAUCGACACCAUGGACGGGGGUAGUGUAAUUAGUGAACCAAUAUCGGCUGCUCAUCGUGCGUUUGCAAAACAAAAAUCCGCUUCAAUGACUAUAUUAAAUCCCAAAGGUUGCAACAACAACAACUCAUCUACCAAAUAUAGUUUACUACAUGACAACUUAAGUACCAAAGCUUUAUCUAAUAUUGACUCGAAUCUUAGUACCAGUAUACCUCAUUGUGCUACCACUGGUCGUAGACGUAAGGGCACUUCUUUGGGUGGUACUUUAUCUUCGCGUUCUAGUCGCAAUGAAUCGAAAGAACUGCGUUCUGCUUUACAGGAUCGCGAAUCAGUCAUACAAAAUUUACGCAUACAAUUAUGUUUAGGAAAAUUGCCACGUCCCUGUGGACCACCCUUAAAUGAAGCCGACAAACCAGCUGCCGAACAGAAACUACAAAAGCUAAAAACAGAGGCUGAGAAUAAGAAGAUUAAAAUAAGAAACUUAAAAAGUGCUUUAGAAAAGCUCGAUAUUACAGAUAAUAUAGAUGUUAGAAUAAGACAGGCUGAAUUGGAAUAUGCUUUGGGCCGUGAAGAACUGCAGCUAUUGUCAAUUGUGGAAGAAGCUAGAGCAUUGCAAGCGAGACUAGAGAAAUCUAAAGUUGAACCUCAAAGUCUUUUUAGUGUUCUAAAUAAUGGCGUAACUCUUAGUUUACACGCCCUCCAAGCCACUACUGGGCGUUGGGCUGCUCAGGAAAUACCGGAAGCUUCUGGUGUUUUCUAUGUAGAAUGGGCUUUGGAAGGUGAUGGUUUAUACAAAGGAGAUCGUAUACUGGAAAUAAACGGAAAAUUAGUAACAUGCAAAACCAAAGAUGAAUUCCAAAAACUUAUUGGUAACACAGGCAAAUGUCAAAUGGUGGUCUUAAGAAAAAAACCAGCAGCAAUACCACAAAAACAACUCGAUCUAGAAAAAGAAAAUAAUAUGCGUUUGCAACACAGGAUUUCCUACUUGGAGGAACAAGUCAAAGAGUUACAAACUAGUAAACAGGAUCAACAACAGCAAGCGCAACAAUCACAGCAGCAACAACAACAUCAGCAACACCAUGAUAAUCACCAACAAUUGCAUUUGGCCAAUAAUGGUCAUGUUACCAGCAUUAGCAUUUCUUCGCCACCCUCAACCCCACCAGACAAACCGUUGAUUUAUCAACGUGGCAAUUAUAUUACAACUUUAGUGGGUGGCAAACCCAUAGAGUUAUUGGGAGAUGAAACACCCGAUACAACAGAUAAUAAUAAACGACAAAAUUUAACAAAAAGUAAAUCAGCAGCUCAUAUAACCAAAACUCUUAUAAGAGAGAAUAGCAAUCAUGAUAUUAAUGUUAUGAUUUCGAAUAAAUCUCUGUCAGCUUCCAAAAUCUCCAUAAAUAGUGACUCGGCCUUUAUGUCACAGCAAUCUCAUAAAAGAGACAAAGAGAGACAUAGAGAUCGGGAGCGUGAACGCUAUGAUAGAUCACUCAGUAGAGCCCAAAUUCUAGCACGAAGUGUGGAACAUCUUAAUCAUCAUAAUGCAAACUGUGAUCGUCGUCGUGAUACUCCUCGAGGCACAGAUGUACAAACUUUAAGGGCUCGUUUGCCAUCCGAUAUGCGCAGUGUGAAAUCUUUAGAUUUUGAUAGUGAAAAUGAAAAUACACGUUUAAAAACACGCCAACAAAACAGUGAUACCAUGUCAGAAGUCCGCACAGUUAGGCCUACACCUCCCAAAAAACCCUUAAGACUCUCCCUACAAAGGGCCCAAAGUCUACAGACCGUAGAGCUUAGUUCGAAUCCAGACUCUGAGCGUAAACGUCCCAUGAAACGUGCCCACAUUAAUCACAACAACAAUAAUAAUAUAACCCUUAAUGGUGAUCAUCAAGCCGAAAGCAAUAGUAUACUUAUAGAGAAUUGUACCGCACAUCCGCCACCACCACCCAUGCAUACGUCAUCUUUGGGACGACAUCGUCACAACAUAUGAAAAUUACUGAAUAAUCUCUUUCGUCUACAAGAAGAGAUCUAAUUUUAAGUAGUUUAGGGCCAAAUUGUGUGGAAUAUUGCAGAGAUGCUAUAAAUGAUUUAUAAAAUCUUAUAAAUAGAUUUUAGUCUUAUUUUAAUGGUGUAAUAUACAAUUAAAGUUAAAUACAAUUAGAUUAGAUUAGAUUAAAUUUAAGUACUAUAUUAAUGUCGGCUUAUUUCUUAUGUAAUUAUUAAAAUGAAAAUAAUUCUUUAAUUGUAAAAUUCUUUUGACUGGUGUAAAGCAUAAUGAAACAAACAAAUACAAAAUAUUAAUAAAUGUAAUUACAUUUUUAAAUAGUUUAUAAAUUAUA